AUGGACGGUGACGCCGACAUGAUCCCCUCCUCGCUCUCCGCCGAGACAUCGCCCUCCUCGUCCGAUGUCGCCACUGAGUCCACGGGGUCGUUCUUUCGGGACCGGAGCACGACGCUGGGCACGCUGAUGGGCGUGUCCCUCGCCGACGAGGAGCAGGAGCAGGUGCAGGACCAUCACCACCAUUCAGGGCAGGAUGCUGUGGAGGGGACGGGGACGCCGCGUGCUCCGGUGCAUGAGGGGGAGGGGUGGAGGUGGCGCCGCAGGUGGAGGCGCCGGCACUGGCGCAGCGCCGUUGGCGGCGGGUGGUGGAGGCUGUGCAGGGACGACGUCCGCGUGCCCACGUCGCUCGGCCACUUCCUGGACGUGGAGAGGCGGCUCUCCGGCGCCGGGCUGCUGUGCGGCGGCGACGGCGCGGGGGAGCGGGACGCUGCCGCGGCGGCGGCUGUGGCUGUGGCUGUGGCGGCGGAUGAAACGGGGAGGUGGAAGCUGCGGAGGCCAGCGCAGGGGACCUCGUCCUCCUUGGCGAGGCUGCCGGUGCUGCUCACGGCAAUCUGCAACGGUGGAACCGCAUAA